AUGAUUGGACUGCCGUUGCUUGAAGAACUCAUACCCUUCCCCCAAACCCUCCACAGACUGCGCUACCGCAGCAGGCAGAGGGGCUUCCUGGAGCUGCUGACUGAACCUGCUGCUGGGUGGGAGCUGAUGCAUCUCACGCCCCUCCCUCGCCGCACACCCCGCACCCUCCUCGCCUUAACCCUCCCCCCACAGGCUGCGCUAUCGCAGCAGGCAGAGGGGCUUCCUGGAGCUGGACCUGCUGCUGGGCAAGUGGGUGGUGCUUUCUUCCCACACCUGAUUGCACCAUGCUCUGUCCGUCCCUCAUCGCACUCCCUUCCCGCUCCUCACAGAUUGCGCUACCGCAGCAGGCAGAGGGGCUUCCUGGAGCUGGAUCUGCUGCUGGGCAAGUGGGUGGAGGAGCACCUCCCGUCCCUCGACGCCUCUCACUUGUCUGCUCUCGCACGCCUCAUGGACGAGGAGAGUCCGGAUCUCUUCAAGUGGUUUACAGGUCAGGAGAGGGCCCCACAGCAUGUCUCUCAGAACCCUGUAUACGUUUCCAUUCGCAGCAAGGUAGAGGAGAGGCUGCAUCGCAUGCACCCAGCAGUGAAGGCCACGCCUGGCCUGCCGUGGGUGCGAGGAUGGGAAGACAUUCAGAGGCAACCAGGCGCUCCCCCUGCUGGCAACCAGUAG